AUGUCUUCCGGAUCGGACGCCGCACCCGCUCCAGACUCACAAAUCGACACGUCGGCCGCUCUCACAUACUGGAACUCAUGUGAUCCCUCAGUAACAGGCAUGCUAGGCGGCUUUCCCCAAGUCUCUCGCAUCGACCUCCAACAAUCCACCACCUUCCUCGCCAAACUGCGCCGCGCAUCAAAAACACACCCUACCACAACCCCACUCUCACGCAUUGUCGACUGCGGCGCUGGCAUUGGCCGCAUCACUCUAGGACUCUUGUCCAAAGUCGCAACCGUUACAGAUAUCGUCGAGCCCGUCGAAAAGUUCACAAGGGAGAUCUCGGAGGGCGAUGACUUCAAGCAGUUGAGAGACCAAGGCAAGAUUGGCACGAUAUACAAUGUCGGACUUGAGGCAUGGGAGCCUGAACACACCUACGACAUCAUCUGGAUCCAGUGGUGUCUAGGACAAUGCACUGAUACACAAGUCAAUGCUCUCUUCACGCGCAUACAAAAGCACCUAUCACCAGGCGGUUGGAUCGUGCUAAAGGAAAACUUGUCAAACCAUCAGUUGGGCGAGGAUGUCUAUGAUGAGACGGAUUCAAGUGUUACGCGGACGGAUGACAAGUUCAGAGCCUUGUUCAAGGAAGCAGGCUUGAAGAUUGUGGCUACAGAGUUGCAGAGAGGCUUCCCCAAGGACCUGUAUCCUGUGAGGAUCUAUGCUGCUCAGCCAGAGGCUUGA